AUGGCGCCGGUACCGGUGGUCAAGCUGAUCAUCGGCAGCAGCUUGGUGUUCACCUUCCUGAAGGCUCACGGCCACUCGGCAGGGAAGCACCAGGCGGAGGACGACCUCAACGAGCUGGUCACGAAGCUGAAGGAGCAGGCCAGGACCAAGAGCGUCAGGGCCAUCCUCCCAAGCGGCGGUACCCGCGCCGUCGAGGACACGUUCGGCCUAGCGGAGGACCUGAAGGCGAAGUACAUGCGUAAGCUCGGCCUGGACCCAGACGGGAGGUUCAAGGGCAUCUUCGAGGACGCAGACGGCACCGCGCAGAAGGACACUGAGAACCACGGCGAGGACCCGCUGGAGCAGCAGCUGCACCCCUACGACGGUGACGUCCGCGCCAGGUACGGCGACGCCGACUACCUGCGCGUCUUCCACGGCAGGCGCCCCGCGCCUGGAGACCGCAAUGCCCGUGGAUCCGCAGAGCCCGACCAUCGAGAAGAGCAUCUUGGGGGCGCCCGCCGUGCAGACGAUCGAAAUGCCCGUGAAGCUGCAGGGCCCGACCAUCGAGAAGAAGCAUCUUUGGGACGCCCGUCGUGCAGACGAUCGAAAUGCACGUGGAGCAGCAGAGCCCGACCAUCAUCUCUGGGGCACACGCCGUGCAGACGAUCGAGAUGCCCGCGGAGCAGCAGUGCCCGACCAGCAAGAGUAUCAUCUCUCGAGCGCCCGUCGUGCAACAAUGCCCUUGGAGCCGCAGAGCCCGACCAUCAAAAUGUCCAUCUCAGGGGCACCCGCCGUGCAGACGAACGAAAGCAGACGGUCGAAAUGCCCGUGGAACCGCAGAGCCCGAUCAGCAAGAAGAUCAUCUCUGAGGCGCCCGUCGCGCAGACAAUGCCCGUGGAUAUUUCUCGUGUGAGCGUUGUCCCCUUAACGGUUGUAUAUAUGCACUGUUACUGUACAGGCACGCUGUGCCGCUUGCCGCCUGUGUCAAAGAGCUGCAUCUGCCACAGGCGUUGGCUAAACGGCCAUUGGAAUGUGGUGCGGCCCGCACUUCUAGUGCUGUACCCCAGAACAGCGGCGCCCAUCGAGGGGCACGCGCUGGAGUAG